GUCAAUUUGAUUUAAACGAAUUUUGUUUGUGUCAUCCACACAAAUUUGUGUACAUUUUUUUUUUCAAAGGAAAUGUUGCGAACUCCUGGUCCUAACAAGAAACUGACAGAAAUAAUCGAUAAAUUAGGUGAUAAAAAAUUGAUCUCUUGUGAAGUGAAUCCGUACAAAACUAUUGAUUACAACAUAUUGAGUAUAAUCAAUCCUAGUUUUUGUUCUAUUAUUUGGAUAGCACAUCCCAGCGACUCGAAAAAUCCUAAAUGUUUACCUCCAUUGAUAGUAUCAAAAGAAUUGAUAAGGAAAGGUUUUGUGGUGCUUAUUCACAUCCCUGCAAUAUUUUAUACGAAGGAGUGGAUGAAGAAUACUUUGCUUCUGUUGAAAAAAUAUGGAGUACGUAACAUAUUCGCCAUGAGAGGUGGAGGUCCUUGGUUGAAAAUAGAAAAUUGUGCAUUUCCAUUCGCUCUAGACUUCAUAGAAUUCAUUAAGAAUGAAUUUGGUGACUGCUUUGAUAUUGUAACAGCUGGGUUUCCCCAUAUACAUCCAGCCAGUCGAUGUAUGGAAGAAGAGAUGUUUUUUCUGAAGCAAAAAGUAUUAGCUGGUGCAAGCCUAAUUUGCACCCAAGCUUGCAUGUCUCCUCAGAGGUACUUCAAUUACAGACAAAUCUGUACUCAAUAUGCGAUAGAUAUUCCGAUAAUAUUCGGUUUGCUGAUAUUCACAAAAUUCAAUGAUUUCAAGAGGAUAAAGAAAAUGUGUUCAAGUAUCGAUACAUCUAUUUAUAUCAAAGCGAAAUCGGCUAGAAAGAAAAAUCGAAGUAAACAGUAUGGAAGGAAUUGGACCAAGGAGAUUAUAGAGCAGUUACUUAAUGAUGAUUUGACUGUAGGUGUGCACAUCUUCACACAGAAUCAUUUUGAAUUAGCGAAAAAUAUACUGAGAGAAAUUUCUGCUGAUGACUACAAGGUUAAUAUGAAAAAAAUUUAAUGAUUUGAAUUAAAUUCUUAGUAAGGGUUUUAUAAUAAAAGGUUUCUUUAUAAUAAAAACGAGUAUAUUUCAAGACAAAAAUUGUGCUUAUUCCAUUGUAAAGUAAAGAAGAAGGUGUGCCAUUACCAAUGGAAUAUGAUUUCAGUCAAAUGGCUGCCACCAUAUCCUUUUCAUGACCCAUUCACACAUUUGGCGGCUGAAUGUCUUCGGUAACUU